AUGGAUCAUUCAUUGAAAAAUGCUGAAGAUAAAGGUGAGCCUAUUUAUUUAAUGCACUAUGAUAAUACAGUGAUGCUAAUUGUUUCAAUAAAUUAUUUAGUUACCAUAAAGGUUAAGCUUGCAGAUGAGGAAUAUCAUGAUAUAGUUAUAGAUUGGUCAGAAAGAAGUGGUAAAUACAAAGGGAAACAAGUUAUUGACCAGCUUUCAACGAUAAUCGGUAUUCCAUCCCACUACAUCUGCGAUGUCUACAUACAUUUACCACACGAUAAUUGGGUUGAAGUCGAAAAUAUCGAACAUAAGGAUUUCAACCCUGAAAGAUUUGGUGAAGAUUUCAAUGAUAGAGAGCAGAUUUUAUUCACUAAGGCGAGCUGUUUAGGAAUUUUGAAUAAUGGUGAUUGUUUCGUUAUAACAACUGAACUGAUUUUUUGCGAUUUUGAGUUUAAUUUUUCUAUAUGUUUGGAAAGCCGUUUGUUGGUUAAUGAUAAUGAUUGUACAGGUAACUAUUGUCAUUAUUCAAAUACUAGAGCUUUUAUAAAUAGACAAGUAGCAAUUGCUAUAAAUUCCGAGUUAGUUAUGAAAAUACGAUUAAAGUAUGGAGAGAUACCUAUGGAUAUAGAAGAUAGGGAAAUUUAUUUGCGACAAAAGAAAAUUUUGAGAGAUUUCGACAUCAAGCCGUUUAUUUACGGGCCAUGGUGUCGCCUAAUCUAUGGCGAAGUACAGGAGCAUAUUGAAUAUAUCAAUCCGCAAUAUUCACGAACUCGUGGUUAACUUUUAUGCGAUUCUGUUUCUGGAGCUGUAAUAACUUUAGAGCGAGUUGGCCGGAUUGGUAUUUAAUCUCGAUUGUUCUGAAUUUGAUCUCU